AUGAGACGCUUUUCGCAGCUUUUCGGUACUAAACCGGCCGCAGAGGAGUCUCGAAGAGUGCAGCAACAACCCAGUACCACUCUUUCAUUCACAUUAGAAGAGAGGUCUGUGGAUGAAAGCCGUCCACUGAGAGUGGUUAUCAUUGGUGCUGGUAUUUCAGGGAUUGUCUCGUGUAUCCGGCUCAUUCAACGAAUUCCAAACGUGGAUUUGUGUAUAUAUGAGAAGAACUCGGAUGUCGGAGGAACCUGGUUUGAGAACAGGUAUCCAGGAUGUGCCUGUGAUAUCCCGGCUCAUACCUACCAAGCCACCUUUGAGCCUAACAAGGAAUGGUCCACGUUCUAUGCGAAAGCGCCAGAGAUCCAUCAAUAUUGGAAACACAUUGCCGAGAAGUAUGGAUGCGUUGAUCAUAUCAAGUUGAAACAGCAAAUAUCCGAAGCUGUUUGGGAUGAAGAAUUGUCAAAAUGGAAGCUCAAGGUGCAAGAUGUGGAGAGAUCUUCCGUUUACACAGAUGAGUGUGAUGUGCUGAUCCAGGCAACGGGAGCACUCAACAAUUGGAGAUGGCCAAAGAUACCCGGUCUCCACGACUUCAAGGGCAAGUUGGUCCACAGUGCCUCAUGGGACGAGAGUUAUGACUACAAGGGCAAACGCGUUGCAGUGGUUGGCAAUGGUUCGAGUGGAAUUCAGGUUGUUCCCGCCUUACUCCCAGACGUGCCUCAUAUCGACCAUUACAUGCGAAGCCGUACCUGGGUCUCGCCCUCAUUCGCACGUGAAGAAGUCGAUAAGCGGGGAGAUGGGAUUGAUAAUUUCGCCUUCACUGCUGAAGACAUCCAAACUUUCAAGAAGGAUCACCAAUCAUACCAGAAGUUCCGCAAAGGCAAGUUUGAACCCGAACAAACUUCCCAGGACUCUAUCCACGGUGCCACAUUGACGGGCCACCCUCUGCAAGUCGGUGCUCAAAACGCAUUUGUCGAGAAUAUGAAACGACGUCUAGCAAAUAAGCCUGAACUCGUUGAUCGACUGAUGCCCUCAUUUCCGCCUGCAUGUCGUCGGCUCACUCCAGGGCCCGGGUACCUAGAAGCCUUAGCAGAUGAAAAGGUUGAUAUCAUCACCUCCAACAUUGUCAAGGUAGAUGAAACCGGAAUCAUCACUGCAGAUGGGCAGCAUCGGCCCAUUGAGAUGCUUGUGUGCGCCACUGGGUUUGACACCUCAUGCUAUCCCCGAUUUUCGAUCAAAGGAAGAGGAGGUGUCACACUCUUCGAAAGAUGGAAAGAGACCCCGGAAACGUACAUAUCGAUUGCGACCGAUGGGUUCCCGAACUAUUUCAUGUUACUCGGUCCUAAUGCCGGGUUAGGCGAGGGAAACCUGCUGUUGUUGAUCGAAAAAUCGAUAGACUAUGUCACGAAAUGUGUUCAAAAACUGCAACGGGACAACAUUCGCGCAAUGAGUGUCAGACGUGACGCGGUCAAGCAGUUCACGGCACAUUGUGAUAGUUACUUCAAGCGCACAGUCUUCAGUGGGAAUUGUCGCAGCUGGUACAAGGGUGGUACUGAAGAAGGUCGAAUAACCUCCCUCUGGCCAGGAUCCUCCCUGCACGCUAUGAAGGCAUUUGCACACCCCCGAUGGGAAGACUUCGAGUAUAGUUAUAUCAAUGACAACGCAGCGGGUUGGCUCGGAGAUGGUUGGACGGAAAAUGAGAAGCAAGGCAUGAUUAAUGUAGAUUACUUGGACGACGACCAGGUUGACUUUCCUCGUCCAGUGAGCUCUUGA